AUGAAACGAGUUGUGAUAACAGGUAUAGGUAUUGUAAGUCCAUUUGGUGUUGGUAAAAGACUUCUCUUUGACAAUUUAUUAGCUAACAAUGUUGCACUUCGAAGUGAUGAAAAGCUUAGAAUAAUUGUGGGACGAAUUCCGGAAUGUGGGAAAUAUGGACUUGACUUGAGUCUGUGGACUCCUCGAGAGUUGAAACAAAUGAGCAGAGGUAGUGUGAUAGCGAUAGUUGCAGCAGAAGAGGCGGUGAAAGAUGCUGGUUUAAAGGGAUGUCACAUGGAAGAAACUGGUGUUAAUAUUGGGAUGGGGAUAGCUGAUCUGGAGGUAAUUUAUGAAGUUGGUAAACAAAUUGCAGAAGAUAAAGGACGUCGAGUAACACCUUUUUUUAUACCACGUAUACUGACCAACAUGCCAGCAGGGCAUGUAAGUAUCAAAUUUGGUAUGCGUGGACCGCAAUUAAGCUCCUGUACUGCGUGCGCAACAGGUUUGCAUAGUGUUGGUGAUUCAGCCACAUUCAUUAAGAUGGGUCGAGCGAAACGCAUGCUUGCAGGUUCUACCGAAGCAUGCAUCAAUAAUAUAGCAAUAACAGGAUUCAGUCAGAUGAGAGCAUUAACUAUGACUUGUUCACGGCCAUUUGACAAACGGCGUGAUGGAUUCGUGUUGAGUGAAGGUGCUGCAAUUUUGGUUUUGGAAGAAAUGGAAGAAGCACUUAAACGGAAAGCGAAUAUCUAUGCUGAAAUUAUAGGAUACGGUGUCGCGAGCGAUGCUUAUCAUCUAACGACCCCAUCAGAAGAUGGGAUCGGAGCUUUUUUAAGUAUGGAACGAUGCUUGGCUGACUCAUGUAUCAAUUCAGAACAAGUUACUUACGUGAAUGCCCACGCAACUUCAACAGUACUUGGUGAUCAUUCCGAAUCACGAGCUAUUGCUCGUCAUAUAGGUCACACUCUCGCCGCAGCUGGUGCUAUUGAAACCGCUAUCACAGCAAUGUGUAUUGAAGAAGGAAAAUUAGUGGGAAAUGCUAAACUGGAAGAAAGCGAUAUAAAAGAGAAUUUACACUUUCUUAAAAAAUCAGAAAGGUGGAAUAAGGAACGAGUGGCCUUGGUGAACUCUUUUGGUUUUGGUGGGUCACAUGCUACCUUGUGUCUAUCAUCAGUGGAAAAUUCUUACUAG